AUGUUCGUGACUGUAGACACUCCCUCCACCGCAUCAUCACUUACCCCCUCUACUCCGUCUCAUGACAAGUCACCCAAAAGGCAGAACCUUUUCGUACCCGCCUCCUUCAUACCUAGCUCUAUCCCAUCUCCGCAAAAGCAACUAAGCACUCUCCCACUGUCCAUACCCGACCCCACUAUUCAUACCGUGUCUUCCUCGACAGCACCGUUUACUACCGCCCUUCCUCCAGUCAUACAACCUGCUCAACCUGUCCAACCCGCCAUCAUGUCUUCCGCACCAUUCAAGAUGCCUCUUAGAGGAACUGACGCUGCGCCAAAGUUCAAUGGCACACCAAGACUAUGCAGGACUUACCACUGA